UUACAUAAAAUUGUGUUAGACCACACAACGAAAACAUGUUAUUGAUCAUAUUCUUGUUGAUGCUUGUAACCAUGACCGUGAAUGUGAAUGGUGAAUGUACAUGUGGAAAUAAAACUCUUCAUCAACAUUUCUGUGAUGAUGAAUUCGUAAUUAAGGUUGUAAUACUUAAACAUAAAUUAAACGACGAAGGUGAUUCAGGAAGAAAAUACAUAACGUAUGUUUUGAAUAAUUACAAGGAAAACAAUGAAUUAAUGCCAUGGGACUAUCUGGAACUUUUUACAAAUUCUACCAAUAGCACGUGUGGUGUAACUCUUCAGCCAUCCCACCAUUAUAUUUUAGGAGGAAUGUAUGAUAGCGAGGGUAAGCACUGGAUUUCACAGUGUAAUUUAGUUGUGGUUGGAAUGGAUAUUCCUUGUAGUACGGAUGAUUAUAACAACUGCAAUUGUAAGAUAAUAUAUGAAAAAUGCAAGACAUCGAAAUGUCCGAGCGAAAAAGACUCCUGCACCUACAAUCCAAAGGAAAACGAACAUUUGACAGAUGCAUGCCUUCGGAAUAAAAUAACUGGAACUUGUCAAUGGAAAACAUGUCCAGCCGCAAAGUAAAACAAUUUUAUGACAUUUUGUUCUAUAUUUUCAUGGAUAAGUGCUAUAAUUAUGUUCAUACAGUAUUUUAAUACAUAAUAAAUGCUCUAUUGUGUGCGUGCUCAGCUCAUAUUUUAACUUAUUUUGUCAGAAGCGCUAAUUUCGUCUUGAAUUAUAUGUUAUUUAACAAGGCGUCUUUAGCUCUGCUUAAGUAAAAAAAAAAAUGUAAAUAUCACUUUCGGUAACUUUAAAAAACUAAUAAAAAUCUCUGACUUUUUUCUCGUUUCAACUUAUACCAAAACAAACUAUUUUUGUGAAUCUUGUCCAUCUGUUUCUCAGCCGUUCUGCUAUACUUGUCAAAAUUUUGAAUGUGAAUGGCAAUAUGGAGUGAAGUCUAUUAAAUAAAGGCAACAGUAGUUUACCGCUGUUCAAAAGUCAUAAAUCGAUUAAUAGAAAACAAAUUCGGGUUACAAACUUAAACCGAGGGAAACACAUCAACUAUAAGAGGAAAACAACGGAACAACAGACACACUGACUGCAAUAAAAACAAACGCCAACAUACAUAUUAA